CUUUGUGGCAUGUUUUGCAUAGAGAAUUCCUAUAUUACGGAUGCGGAAUAUAGCAACUCGAAUGGUGAAUUCUGAGGAAGAAGCAGCUGGUGUGUUGAGCCACUUCUAACUGAGGACUGAAAAUGCCAGCAGUUGAAAGUGAGGCAAAGGCAAAAACCAAAGUCCGCUUUGAGGAAAUCUUCAGACGUCAUGCUGGCCUAACAGACACAAAAAAAUCAAAGAAAAAGAAGUUUCACUGUCAAGAGAAUAUUGUGCUUGACACCUUUAGAAGUAAUAUUGAUCUAGCCAAGGAAAGUGUGAAUGAUGAAGCCAUUAUAAACAACACAUAUAAACCCGAAGAAGAGAGUCCUCGAUUUACAAAAAAUAAACUGAGAGAGAAAGCCUCAAUUGCAGAGAAAAUAAACAAUGAUAUUGUUAGUGGAGAGGAGAACAAGCAACCAAAGUCUAACAAGAAGAAAAAGAAAUCACUGUUACAAGAACAAUUUAAUGAGGAGGAGAAUUUAUAUGAAGCUAAAUUGGAGAGUUUUGAGAAAAAGAUUAAUGAUUUUCCAAAGAAGAAAACAAAAAGUAAAUCACAAACAGAUGUACCUCAUCAAGAAGGUGAUAGAAAGAUUAAAAAUUCCUUGACUGAAGCGAGAAAUGUAACUGAAUUAGAAGAGGAAGAACAGCUAAUUCGAGCCUAUCAGCUGCAUGUAGCUGAGGAUGAGGCAAAUGCAAUUAAAAAGAAAAUAAGAAUGAAGCUUAAAGAACAGAUGUCUGAAUUUACCUCCACUGUUCAAAGCCAUGAAGUUGUAUUGAACAAUGAAGUGGGCAAAAAGAAGAAAAAGAAGAAAGAAAUAGCAGUUUUAAGUGAAGCUGAAACAAGUGCAGUGUCUCUUUCUGAGCUACAGCAUCAUCCAGCAGAAGAUGGCAAUGAAAAUCGGUCAUUGGAAAGACUAUUCACAUCGGAAGGACAGAAACUGAAGGAAAGCAUGGAAAAACAGAAACCUAAAGCAAAGAAGGUUAAAAAGAAAACCAGAAAAGAAGAAAACACAGAAGUUGCUGCAGAAAAUGACACGGAAAUGAAGAAUUUGGAAAUUUCAACUCAGUCUAAAUUUGGUUUUGAUGAUGAUCUUGUCUUGGGAGUUUAUAUCCAUCGAUCUGAUCGACUUAAAACUGAUCUCCUGGUGUCUCAUCCCAUGGUUAAAAUCCAUGUUGUUGAUCAGAGAAGUGGCUUAUAUGUCAAGAAGGAUCAUAGCAAGAGGAAAGUUUCAUCUUAUUAUGAACAAGAACAAAUAGAGCACGUUCUUCCUAUUAUGACACAACCAUAUGACUUCAGACAGUCUAAAUCAACAGUUCCAGAGUGGGAGGAGCAAGUCAUAUUUAAUGAGUGUUUUAGUUAUUUUAUUCAAAACACUGAAGAAAGCCCUCGGGUGAUCCUGUUUUUUGAGAUCCUUGAUUUUCUAAGUAUGGAUGAAGUGAGAGCCAACUCUGAUGUACAAAUUCAGGACUGUGGUUUCCGAAAAAUUUGUUGGGCAUUUCUAAAGCUUGUAGGUGCAAAUGGAAUUCUAAACAUUGAUGGAAAACUCCGUCUGCAAUUAUAUUACCCACCUCCAAAGACCAAGUCACAUUUGAAUGUUGUUGAGGUUUAUGACUGGUGGGCAAAAUGUCCUAGAAAUCGUUACCCAUCAACUUUAUAUGUAACUGUAAGAGGCAUAAAACUGCCAGAUCAUGUUGCUCCUUCUUUCCGCUCUAUGAUAGCUGUUCAGCAGGAACAAAGUAGUGCAACAGUGUGUGAGCUCCAGAGAGAGGGAUCUAAAAAAUCAUGUGAACCUUUUCCAGAGGAGAAAAAGGAGCCAUUUAAAUGGACAAGAUUGCCUGGACAGGCUUGCCGCAUACCGAACAAGCAUCUGUUUUCACUGCGAGGUGGAGAUAUGGGCUGUUUCUGUAUUCGUUUCUCUCAUGAUGGGAAAACGCUGGCAGCAGCAUGUGCAGGAAAGAAUGGCUAUCCCAUUGUUUUGUACGAAAUUCCUUCUGGACAGUUCCUGAGAGAAUUUUAUGGUCACCUUAACAUAGUGUAUGAUCUUUGUUGGUCAAAAGACAAUCAAUACCUUCUUACUGCAUCCUCUGAUGGCACUGUCAGAAUGUGGAAAAUAGAAAUGCAGGCGGCAUCUGCAGUGAGAGUUUUCCCUCAUCCGUCAUUUGUUUACACUGCUAAGUACCACCCAGUUGCUGACUCGUUGGUUGUGACAGGAUGUUAUGACUCAGUGAUUAGAAUCUGGAAUGCAAAUGUGAAAGAAAUCCAUGGGCAACUGCUACAGGAGCUUGAUGGUCACAAAAGUUUCAUCAACACACUUUGUUUUGAUGCAGAAGGACUCCACAUGUUCUCAGGAGAUAGUUCAGGACUCAUAAUAGUUUGGGAUACAUCUGUCAAAGGAAGUUCUCAACACCUGUUUCAAUGCUGGAGGAUUAAUAAGGAAAUAAAAGAAAAUGAUAUUAAAGGAACACCAAUUAAUCAUUUGGAGGUGCAUCCAAAUGGAAGGCGUUUAUUAAUCCAUGCCAAAGACAGUACCCUGAGAGUCAUGGAUCUCAGAAUCUUGGCUACGAAGAAAUACAUAGGUGCCACAAACUACAGAGAAAAGAUUCACAGCACCUUAACACCAUGUGGUACGUUCCUGUUUUCUGGAAGUGAAGAUGGAAAGGCUUAUGUUUGGAAUCCAGAAACAGGAGAUCAGGUGGCCAUAUAUUCUGAACUCUCCUUCACGUCUCCACUUCGUGAUGUUGCCUUUCAUCCACAUGAACACAUGGUGUCAUUUUGUGCCUUUGGUCAAAACCAGCCAAUACUUGUAUACAUUUAUGAUUAUAAAGUUGCACAACAGGAAGCUGAACUCGUAAAAGAUCUCAGUUCAUCACUUACCACAGCUGCACCAAGAGGGCCACAGUUCUUUAGCAGUUUUUGUGAAAUUCCUGUACAAAAAAGUUCAGCGAUAUCUCCGGCAGAUCAGUUUGUCAGUGUUGCAAGAGCAUCAAUGAGAAUGCAGAAGGUGAAACAAAAACUUGAUUCUGUUAUGGCGAGCUCAAAUCUCUUGCUUCCUGCGCCAUCAUCGCUGUCGCCACACUCCAAGCUAAGACUGCCAGGCACUCUGAGCACUCCACUGAAUCCUCUGUAUUCUUUCGCUGCUAAAAGUGGGUGUUUCAGCCCAGUAGGAAAUCCUCUUAGCCGAACACUAUUGGGUAGACUACAGACGAAUGAUGACUGCCUGACUGCACUGGGGGUGAGAGGAGGAAGCAGUUGUCCACUCGGGCAAGAAACAGUAGUGGCUCUUUAUGACUACACAGCGCAUCGAUCAGAUGAGCUAACCAUGCAUCGCAGUGACAUUAUCCAAGUGUUAUACAAAGAUAAUGAUAACUGGUGGUUUGGCAGCCUAGCAAAUGGACAGCAAGGCUAUUUUCCAGCUAAUUAUGUGGCUGGUGAAAAAGAAUAUGAAGAACAACCUUCAGGAUUAGUACCAGAUUCUGCUCGUCUCCUACGUGAAGGACCAGAAGAAGCAGAGGAAGGUUCUCCAACACUACAUAAGAUGUCACCAGUCAUCAGUAAGUCAGGGGACCUAAAAUUGAGCUCGGAGCAUGACACAGAUAGAGACUCACCUGCAACACAAGGUGCAAAGAAAAAGAAGAAAAGGAUACAGAGGAACGAGAGAGAAAAUCAGCACAACUUAAUGGGUCUCGAUACUCCUGUAUCAUCAGUUACAGCUAAUGGUGUUGAAAAUGAACCUACAGCCCGUGGGGUGGAAUUGAAGAAGAAGAAAAAGGCAGUGAGAGGCUCAAACUUAAGCACAAAUGGAAAGACAAAUAUUGCCCUUGAGCCUGAAUGCUAUGACGUAUAGUCAUAAUUUAAUUCCAAAUACUGGUGUGAUAUUCAGUAUACACAUUGAAGGCUGCAACUACGAUCUCACUUCUAGGAUUAACAAGAAACAAAGAAAUUAAAAUACUCAAAUACACAGAAUGGCACCAGUUAUGACUUACCGAUGGUGUAAACCUGUUUUAGAAGACUUUUGCCCUGGGUUCCUUGAAAUCAACAGAACUUGAGUGUUCAGCUCCUCACUGGACUGGUGAAAUCUGAAACUGUCAAAUACAGUGUUAACCAAUUGAAUAACUGAUUACACCUUAACUUAGGCAUUUCUGUAGGCUGUAGAUCAAUCCAUUGGGAGCAGAGAAUCAAGUGAACAAGUGCGAUCUAGAGCAAAACAAGCCCAACCACUACAUAAGUUCUUAAAUUAGCAUUUUAAAAUGUGUUGUAAGUAAAAUAGAGGAGUGUUCAGAAUGGUAAAAUUCCAAAGGAACGAUGACAUUACAGUCAGUGUAGCUGAAAACAUAAGCUUUUUAAAAAUAUUUUCCUGACAUCAAAUAUUCACUUGGACUGCAUUUUGCAGCUCUGAAGUGAAUUGUUGAGUAACUACCUAUGCAACUACACUGUCUUCAGUGGGACUACUCAUGCUUACCAGUGUAAGUAAGUGUUGCAAAUUCCAGGCAGUUGUAUUUUUCAAAUGAGGUUUUCUGCACAUAAUAAAGAUGCAUUGCAGUUUUGUCAGAGUUCCUGGCUGCUUUGGCAGCAGUCUUGCCAAAUACACUUUCUUUUGUCUGAAUGAAAUAUUUCAUAUCCAACUGUACUGUUUGUUUUACUUGUAGUCCUUAUUCACUUGUAAGUGUCAUUAAUUAAUUUUUUUACUUGAGUAUUAUGUUGUGAACUUUUACUAAUGACUUCACUAAUUAUUUACAGUGCUAAAUAAUUUAUGGUUUAUAUUAAACGAAACACUUU